UCUAAGGCUUUUCACAAUCUUUUAGAAAUUAGAAUUGAAUCAAGUUGAUUAGUGUUUUCUAACUUAGAAAUUUGAGCAAAGACAAAAUGCCUUUGGGCGAGGACUACGAGGAUUCUAGGAACAUUAGAAAGCCAUUCAUCAACAACAACAACGCUGGAAGUGGUUCUUUCUUUGUUGUGUUAUGCGUCCUUGUUGUUGCUUUGGGCCCUAUCCAAUUUGGAUUCACGUGUGGUUAUUCUUCACCAACGCAAGAGGAGAUGAUUCGUGAUCUUAAUCUAUCAAUUUCAAGGUUUUCACUAUUUGGAUCUUUAUCUAAUGUGGGUGCAAUGGUGGGAGCAACAGUCAGUGGUCAUUUAGCAGAAUACUUUGGGCGGAAAGGGUCGCUUCUAGUGGCAGCAGUACCAAAUAUAUUUGGAUGGGUUGCCAUUUCUCUAGCCAAAGACUCAUCGCUUCUAUUUAUUGGGAGAUUGUUGGAAGGUUUUGGCGUUGGAAUCAUCUCUUAUGUGGUACCUGUUUAUAUAGCAGAGAUAUCACCUCGAACCAUGAGAGGUAGCCUAGGAGCUGUGAACCAGCUCUCUGUUACGAUAGGGAUAAUGCUGGCUUAUUUACUGGGUCUUUUUUUCAACUGGAGAACACUAGCACUAUUAGGAGUUUUCCCUUGUGCAAUAUUAAUACCCGGGCUAUAUUUCAUUCCAGAAUCUCCUAGAUGGUUGGCAGAAAUGGGGUUGAUGGAAAGGUUUGAAUCUUCUUUACAAACUUUACGAGGAUCCAAUGUUGAUAUUACAAUGGAGGCACAAGAAAUCCAGGGAUCUCUUGUGUCAAACAACAGAACAGAUUCUAUACAGUUUGCAGACCUCAAGAGGAGAAGAUAUUGGUUUCCUUUGAUGGUAGGUAUUGGGUUGCUUGUGCUGCAACAACUUUCUGGUAUCAAUGGGGUAUUCUUCUAUGCUAGCAAGAUAUUUGCAAGUGCAGGGAUUUCAUCCAGUGAUGCUGCUACAUUUGGACUUGGAGCUAUUCAGGUUGUAAUGACUGGGGUCGCUACUUGGUUGGUGGAUAAAAGUGGCCGAAGGAUACUUCUGAUAGUAUCCUCCUCUAUAAUGACAAUUAGCCUCCUCCUUGUUGCUUCUGCAUUCUAUCUGGAGGGAGUAGUGUCAAAGGGUUCUGAACUUCAUAAUAUUUUGGGAAUUCUCUCCGUUGUGGGGCUAGUGGCUUUGAUCAUUGGCUUUGCUCUAGGCAUUGGACCAAUCCCAUGGCUUAUCAUGUCUGAGAUACUUCCACCAAAUAUUAAGGGUCUUGCUGGAAGUGUAGCUACAUUUUCCAAUUGGUUCACUGCCUCGGUUAUCACUCUGACUGCGAACUUUCUUUUAAAUUGGAGCAGUGCAGGAACAUUCACCAUAUACGCAAUAUUUUCUGCCUUCACGGUUGCUUUUGCGCUACUUUUUGUUCCCGAGACCAAGGAUAGAACAUUGGAAGAAAUCCAGGCGUCGUUUAUCAGAUAAUUUAGAUGAUUACAUUAUGUUAAUUACAUUUGAGUGAGCAUGAGUAUGCUUGGUGGGUAUAUAUCCAAUUUUUUUUGUUUUUGAUUUGGUACAACUUCUGCUUCUUCAUGCAUAAUUUAUUGCAUUCCAAAAAAGCACUGUGUUCAUUAUCAGAGACAUGGCCUCGUCUUUUAGCAUUCACUAUCAAAAAGUUAGUGUACGAGCUAUUUCAGAGGGUGAACUUGAUGCUCAUUUCAUCUGUUUCUCACAAGAACUCUCCGCUACAUGGAAGGUCAUAUAUCCAUCGGCAAGCAUACCUAAAAUUGUUUCCACAUCCAAACUGUAGGCGGCAUCACUCUUGAUUGAAAGGUGAAGCCAUUGAUAAUUGUGAACCAAAACCCCAGAAAACUGAACAACAGAUUAGGAUUGCAAGGCAUGUCACUCUUUGAGAGUAUAAGUAUAGCCAUAUCUUAGAUUUCCCGUUCCUUCCAAGAACCGCCCCUAGCCGAAGCAACUCAACCAACCUAUGUUGAGAAGCCGGGAGUGUUGUCACUAUUUGGCUAACCCACAAAACAUUUUAGGGAAUUUCUCAAUUGAAUGUCAAUGGCAGGUGAUUGGAGUUUGGAAGCAACCAGGCACAAUGAGUGCUUCCAACAUCAAACGAAACUCGAAAGGAUUUGGAGUACAUGGAUCGACCGAGGAUAAAAUGAUGAAUCGAGAUAUCAAAUGGGGUUAGAUCAUUGGUAGCCGA